CAACAAGGAGAAGCGUUAUGAGUGCGACGUGUGUGGCAAGGCCUACCAGAAGCCGAGCCGGCUGGAGACCCACCGGCGGGUGCACACGGGAGAACGCCCCUUCGACUGCUCGGAGUGUGGCAUGAGCUUCACCCGCUACGACAAACUGCUGCAGCACAACCGCGUGCACUCCGUUGAGAGGCCCUUCACCUGCCCCGAUUGCGGCAUGAGCUUCAAGACGACGAAUGACCUGAAGGCCCACUGGUGGCUGCACACGGGUGAGAAGCCCUAUUGCUGCUUCACCUGCGGCAAGAGCUUUGCCCGGAUGUCGGGGCUGCGGGAGCACCUGCGGGUGCACAGCAGUGUACGGCCCUUCACCUGCUCUGUCUGCAGCAAAGACUUCAAGUCUUCCACGGAUCUGAAGAGGCACAGGCGCAUGCACACCGGGGAGCGGCCCUACACCUGCAACGACUGCGGCAAGGGCUUCACCCGCUCCAGCAAGCUGCUGAAGCACCAACAUACCCACAGUGGCGACCGCCCCUACACCUGCAGAGACUGCGGCGAGGGCUUCACAAAGUCCAAGCACCUGCUGGUGCAUCAGCGCACCCACACCGGCGAGCGCCCCUACACCUGCGCCCAGUGCGGCAAGGGCUUCACCAAGUCUGGCAUCCUGCUGGUGCACCAGCGCAUCCACACCGGCGAGCGCCCCUACACCUGUGCCCAGUGUGGCAAGAGCUUCACCCGCUCCAGCAACCUGCUGAGGCACCAGCGCAUCCACACCGGCGAGCGCCCCUACACCUGCAGAGACUGCGGCAAGGGCUUCACCCAGUCCAAUGACCUGCUGGUGCACCAGCGCACCCACACCGGGGAGCGUCCCUUUACCUGUGCCCAGUGCGGCAAAGGCUUCAUCCGGUCCAGUCACCUGCUGGAGCACCAGCGCACCCACACCGGCGAGCGCCCCUUCACCUGCGCCCAGUGCGGCAAGGGCUUCACCCGGUCCAGUAACCUGCUGGAGCACCAGCGCACCCACACCGGCGAGCACCCCUUCACCUGCGUCCAGUGCGGCAAGGACUUCACCCGGUCCAGUCAACUGCUGGAGCACCAGCGCAACCACACCAGCAAGCGCCCCUACACCUGCGCCCAGUGCGGCAAGGGCUUCACCCGCCCCUCCAAGCUGCUGUACCACCAGCGGGUGCACGCCGGCGACCGUCCCUGCCCCAGCCCGGUGUGUGGAGAGGGCUUUACCAUGGCGUCCCACGCCCUGUAA